CGCAAACAAGACAUUGCGUUUCCCUGUCUGUCUCAGCCUGGUCUCUAGAAAGCAUACUACUCACCAAAUUGAGGUGCCGCCGUCCUGACUCACACCAGAAAAGAGCCCUCUUCAGUAGAGGAGCUACCUCUAGCAUUUCGGACCGCCAGUACCCAUCAUCACAUGGAACGUAGAUCAUGGCUCUGGCAAUCACUCCUCUACGGUUGACAGUUCCUGGAACCGGAUUAAGUUCCGCGGUCAGGAUGCCCAGCCAGCUUCAACGAUAUGACUGCGACUUCGAAGCAUCACUUCCAUUGUUUCGGACCAUCACCAGCCAUCACCAUGAAUAUGCGAUGCUCCGAGGCACCCCGCGAAGAUUACCUAACCGUGGAAGCCACCCGGUCAUGCUGACACGGCAUUCAUCCCACGUGGCUUGCCAAACUACCUCAGCAGACUCAGCCGCUCUCGGGUUUUGGAGCUGUCAAGCGAAUAUUGGCUAGCAGCAGCCAGUCUUAAAGCUUCGCCAUGCCUCCAACACGGCAGUCGAAUUAUCGUGUCUGCAAGCCAUCGUCCUGCUUUCACAUCGUGUUUGGGCCUCGACACGAAAGAGGAUCAGGAAACGGCUCAAUGUCCAUCCGCUGACGGUGCGGUAUUACUUGCAGAAAGAAGUCAUGGAUGGGGUUGAGGGGUUAUGAAGGGAUAUAAAGAUGUCGGUUGAUGCUUUGAGGAGGUAGGAUCUUCUGAAUAUCAACGACAUCGCCAGCUCUCC